AUGCAAUCGUUUCGGCAUGCGAGACGUACAGGGCCUGUGGCCACUCCUGCCCUUCCUCCCUCUCCUCCGAAGAGCCCACUCAGCCACACCUCGAUACCAUUAGAAACAAAACCUCGCAUCCUUAUAAUAGGUGCAGGCUACCGUGGCUACUCUUAUGCUGAGCCAAUUCAUACAUCUGACGAGGGCAUCAUCGCUGCUGUAGCUGAGCCCUCUGCAUUUAAGCGGCAAGCAUUCGGCGAAAGGUUCAUCUGGGGCAAAAGUGGGCCUCUAGAGGGCCAGGCUUUCUCAAGCUGGGAAGAUUUUAUCAGCUAUGAAGUUCAACGAAGGGAAUUGCAACGCACAACUGGAAUGGUGACGGAUCCAGGGAUUGAUGCCGUAUUCGUGUGCUUGCUAGAUGAGCUCCAUGCGACGGUAGUUCAGGCUUUAGCACCACUGGGGCUGCAUAUCAUGUGCGAGAAGCCACUAGCCACGCGUCUGGACGAUAUUAUUGGAAUUUAUACAACACUGUUGCGGUCAUGGGAGACGUUGCAGUGCCAAGCACUUUUUGCUGUUGGCUUGGUCUUGCGGUACAGCCUCCCCCAAGUCUUGUUAAGAAAACUUCUCCGGGAGGACAGAGUGAUAGGUGAUGUUGUUAGUGUGGAGCAUACUGAAGCAGUUGGUUGGAAACACUUUGAACAUUGUUAUGUGCGAGGCCCUUGGCGAAGAGAAUCCAGGAGUGCACCCUCGCUCCUCACGAAAUCAUGCCACGAUAUUGAUCUUCUUUUCUGGCUUCUCUCUUCACCUGUCUCGCCUUCUUCAUCCGAGCCACCCCACCUCCCGUCAAAAGUGACUUCCUCAGGCCGCCUACAUUUCUACAGACAGGCUAACAAACCUGCCGGUGCUGGCAAAGCUACCAAUUGCCUGACUUGUCCUAUCGAGACAACAUGCCAGUACAGUGCCAAAUCGCUUUAUCUGCAUCAGCAUCUAAGAGCAGGCAACAGUAAUCGGCCUGUCAAUGCCAUAGUGCCUGAUAUCGAGGAGGUGGUUCGGAACCAGGGUCUGUCCUCUGCGGCAAAGCGCUUAUUAGGAGUCCUAGGUGAGGACUAUGAUGAAAGCACACCAGCGGACGAAGUGAGCCGGCGACCUUGGUAUGGUCGCUGUGUCUGGGAGUCCGAUAAUGACGUGUGUGAUGAUCAGAUGGUUACGAUAGAGUGGGAUGAUGACCCUUUGCCACCUUCUCGAGGCCAGACAAAAGGACCAAGCACUGGAGGAAAUCCAGACGCGAGACCAGAAUCCCGCUUUGCAAAGAUUGCUCAUUUUCAUCUGGUUGCUCUGACCGAGGCUAUUAGCACGCGUCGUGGACGCAUAUCAGGCACCACUGGUGAAAUUGUCUACGACUCAGACACCAUUCGCGUGAAUGAUUUUCGCUCCGGUUCAGAGGUGGUAUAUAACACCCCUUCUGUCGGACAUCAUGGUGGAGGUGAUGAUGGCCUUGCGCUCUCUUUCGUGCGAGCAGUGAGCAAAGUGAAGCGUGGCGAGAUGAGUAGCAAAGAAGCUCAAAGCACCUUCUUGAAAUCUAGUGUGGAAGAGCUUCUUAGAAGUCAUCUUGCGGUAUUUUGGAUCGAAGAUUCGAGGAAAGGGGGCACGGCUUUGAAAUGGCAGGAUUGGUGGGCAAGGGAGGUGGGCAUUAAGCUUAAGGAAAGGGGAUUAACAAUGAGUUGA